UGGGUCCAGUUCCUUACUGUCCUGUAGGCAUUUGUGCUUGUGGCCAAGAGAAGGAGGACUUAAAUUCCUUAAAUCUCAGAAGGUCCACGGGUCUGCGUUCACUGACAUCUGGAGGCAAGAAAAGAGGAGGAGAAACUAUCCUUAAUCCUCAUAGCUGGAAACAUCAUGCAAAAACCCUGUAAAGAAAAUGAAGGAAAGCCCAAGUGCAGCGUGCCAAAGAGAGAGGAAGAUCCCCCCUAUGGAGAAUUUGAACGUCAGCAAACAGAAGGGAAUUUUAGGCAAAGGCUGCUUCAGUCUCUCGAGGAAUUUAAAGAGGACAUAGAUUAUAGGCAUUUUAAGGAUGAAGAAAUGACAAGGGCGGGAGAUGAGGUGGAAAGGUGUUUGGAAGAGAUAAGGGGUCUGAGAAAGAAAUUUAGGGCUCUGCAAUCUAACCAUAGGCAUUCUCGGGACCGUCCUUAUCCCAUUUAAUGCAUUUCUCUGCUGAAUUCAAUUAUUUUAUGUUACUAAUAUUACCACCAUUGGUUUCUUUUUGUCUGCAUGUUCUUGCUAAAUAUUGCUACCAUUUUACUCCUAUCCUUCAAUGUUCCUUUGAUUUACAUAUGACUCCUGCUUCCAACAUCUCAUCUUUUGACCCAAUUUCACUCAUUUAAUAAGGAUGUUUCAUUCAUAUGCAUGGGAAGAUGCUCACUGUAUACUGUAAAGUGAAAAUAAUA